UAAUGGAGCUGUGUCUGAAAAACCCUAGCGGCAUGUCAACGAAAUUCCCACAGUUUGACACCGUAACUGAUGCCUCCGACCACUACUACAAUUACUACAAGCCAACCAAUGCUAAUAAAACCACUACAAACACUCCCUUCUACAAACAAAUUAUGAAAGACUGGAGAAUUCUUGAAAAAAACCUCCCUCCAACUAUUUACGUACGUAUUUAUGAAGACAAAAUUGACCUCCUCCGUGCCGUCAUUGUUGGAGCCUCCGGAACACCGUAUCACGAUGGUCUUUUCUUUUUCGACUUCUUCUUUCCGGCUGAGUAUCCAAAUAAGCCUCCAUUGGUGCAUUACAACUCAUAUGGCCUUUGCAUAAACCCGAAUUUAUAUUCAACCGGCUAUAUUUGUUUGAGUAUCUUGAAUACUUGGGCUGGUCCGUCUUGGCAGCCUAAUGCGUCGACUGUGUUACAAGUAUUGGUUUCGAUACAAGGCCUUGUGUUGAAUGAGAAGCCGUUUUAUAACGAGCCAACAUUCCAGAAUGGCGGGUUUGAUAAGAUGUCUAGACGUUAUAAUAACCACGUGUUUGCAUUGAGUUGCAAGACGAUGAUUUGUGUGUUGAGGAAACCUCCUAGGAAUUUUGAGGGGUUGGUUGUUGAGCAUUUUCGUGAUCGUGGUAGGAGUGUAUUGACUGCGUGUAAGGCUUAUAUGAAUGGGUAUGUUAGAGUUGGGGAGUAUCAAGAUGGAGGGGUGUCGUUGCCUGAUCAGAAAAUUAAAGUAUCUGCAAUGUUUCGGUUUUUCAUGAAUAGUCACUAUUUUAAUCUGUUUAAGGCACUUGUUAAGAAUGAUCCUUCGCUGAAAGACUUUUGUGUGCAGCUGGAUCAGUUGGCGGAGAAAAUUGAAAAGGAGUAUAAGGAAAAGGCCAAGAUUAGCGAAAAGAAAUCUGUCAGCUGGUUUUCUAGGAUUGUGAAGAAGUUCAUUGGGUUGAACAAAUGUGUAAAAGGGGACGGAGAUUAGUACUGGAACUUAUCUUUCUUCUCGGAACAGAGUAAGUGCCGGUGGAGAUAUCAGAACAUGAUUCGAGGAUAAAUACGACAUGUUCAAUUUCAUAUAUUAUAAUUGAGUGUAGGAGUAAGUUUGAUAUCUUGCUACUGGUGCUUUUGAAAUAGUUGGAUAUGUUAUAGAUUAAUUGCAACUUACAUGUUUUAACAGAGUCUUGAUAGUAUUACCUUCA